UUUUUUUUUUCUUUUUUUUCCUCUCUCUCUCUCUAAGUGCUCUUAAUGACAUUGUUAAUAUUUUCAGGAUUGAAGCUAACAAAAACAAGAUGAAAUAUGGCAAAGAAUUUAUGUCACAGAUGGUGCCAGAAUGGCAAGAAGCAUACCUGAAUUAUAAUCAUCUGAAAAUUCAAUUGAAAGAAAUCCAAGACGUGAACCCUCCGCCGCCGCCGCCGCCAGCCCCGGCGGGCCUCCGGCGAGACCUCACCCUUUACAGAGCAUUCAGCGGUCUAACCAACAAGUCACCACUUUCCCCUGCAAAAUCAACAAGAGAACAUCAUCAUCAUCACCAUCAUCAUCAUCUUCAUCAUCAUCAUCAUCAUCAGGUUAUUAUUGUGAAAAAUGUGGGCGAGGUUGGGGCCGAGCAAUACGAGACUACAUAUCUUGAGGAAGCAGAACACGGGGGGCUGUCUCACACGGCUUUUUUCGAAAAGUUAGACCAGGAGUUCAAUAAGGUCUUGAAGUUUUACAAGCAGAAAGUCGAGGAGGUGAGGGCCGAGGCACUGGGCCUAACCAAGCAAAUGCAUGCUCUGAUUGCAUUCCGAGUCAAGGUGGAGAAUCCCCAAGGCUGGAAAGAUAGCUUGCAGGAAAGUAGUAAUCUUGCUUCCGGCAUCGCGGCUUCUGCAGCUGCAUUGAAUGCCACAACUCCAUCAUCAGCAAGAGUUGAAAGAACAAUCACAAUAGAUGAGAUUGAUGAAGAAAGUGCGACAGAUACAAGUGACGAUAACAAAGAUGUAGAGCAGAUAGACGCUCACACAAGUGUUUCUGGCGCAGCGGCCAAAAGACCAGCGUCAUUGGAGGUACUUGACCGUGUAAAACUUCAUGAGAAGAUAGAACGCGAAAAGGAACUGAAGUUCAGCAGGCGCAAUUUAAGGAAAGCAGAAGAACAACUCAAGCAGGCAUUCACUGAGUUCUACCAUAAGCUAAUGCUUCUAAGAAGUUACAGUUUCCACAAUGUUAUGGCAAUCUCAAAAAUCCUGAAAAAAUACGAUAAGGUAUGCAAUAGAAGCAAUAUGCAAAAAAUUAGAAUGUUUUGGCAAUAUAAUGCUGACAUAACUACUCUGUUAAAGGUUACUUCAAAGAACGCAUCAAAAACUUACAUGGAAGUAGUUGAUAAUUCCCAUCUUGGAAGCUCUGAUGAGGUAAGCAGGUUGAUGGAAAAAGUAGAAUCAACGUUUAUCAAACAUUUCACUGACUCAAAUCGUGGCAAAGCAAUGAGUAUCUUAAGGCCACAGAAGAAAAGGGAAAAGCAUAGACUCAGUUUUCUUAUAGGAUUUCUUUGUGGCGGAACGGUUGCUCUGAUAUUAGGUCUAAUUUCAACAAUUCAUGCUCAUGACCUUCUAGAGAAAGAGGGGAAGGAGCUGUACAUGGAAACCGUGUUUCCUCUAUACAGUGUUUUUGGGUUCAUUGUUCUACACAUGAUGGUGUUUGCUGCAAAUAUAUACUUCUGGAGGCGAUAUCGAAUUAAUUAUCCAUUCAUAUUUGGUAUCAAAGAAGGAACAGAGCUAGGCUACAGAGAGGUUCUACUUGUAGCAUCCGGUCUUAGUGUGCUAGCCCUCGGUUGUGUGAUUUCCAAUCUGGAUUUGGAAAUGGAUCCAGUGACUCUAGAUUACAAAGCUCUUACUGAACUUCUACCAGCUGCGCUACUAGUGCUACUAAUUGCCAUUAUGAUGUGCCCUUUUAACAUUGUGUACCGACCAACUCGCUUUUUCCUACUUGGGUGCAUAUAUCGUUGUCUCUUAGCUCCUUUAUAUAAGGUUUCGUUACCAGACUUCUUCCUUGGAGAUCAGCUUACAAGCCAGGUUCAGGCAUUUAGGAGCUUAGAAUUCUAUAUUUGCUACUACGGCUGGGGUGACUUCAGACUCAGACAUAAUACUUGCUAUGAAAACAAGAUUUUCAUUUCCUUCUAUUACUUUGUGGCUGCAUUGCCAUACUUGUUGCGCCUCCUUCAGUGUCUUCGGCGCGUGGUUGAAGAGAAGAAUGCCUGGCAAGGGUGCAACGGCUUGAAAUAUUUUACAACCAUUCUGGCAGUCUGUUCAAGAACAGCCUAUAGCAAGGUAGGAGGAGUUUCUUGGAUGGUAACAGCCUGGAUAACAUCGGUCACUGCUACAGCCAUUAGCACAUAUUGGGACCUUGUCCAGGACUGGGGUCUCUUCCGGAGAAGCUCUAAGAAUCCAUGGUUGAGGGACAGACUACUUCUCCCAUACAAAAGUGUGUACUUUGCAGCCAUGAUUUUGAACGUCUUGUUGAGGCUAGCCUGGAUGCAGACUGUGAUGAACAUCUCAAUUUUCUCAUUGCAUAAGCAAGCAGUGGCUGCACUUGUGGCUUCUCUGGAGAUUAUUCGGCGUGGUAUGUGGAACUUCUUCAGGUUGGAAAAUGAACAUCUUAACAACGUUGGCAAAUAUCGUGCGUUCAAAACGGUGCCAUUACCUUUCUAUUAUGAAGAAGAUAAAGAUGAGUAGAAUUGCUUCCACAACAGUUCUC